CUUGCUAGAAUAUAGGUAAGUCAGCCACAGUUACUGACGAUCGAUAUUUAAAGGGUAUUGUUUUUGUGCUAAAUAUUUCAUAAAAACGUUAUUUAAUACUUUGUGGAUUAUUAAUUUAGUUGAUAAUCACUGGAAGUAAAAUGGAUGCUAAUUUGAGAGAUCAAGAUCUUCGUAUAAAACAGUUAAUAAAAGAAAAUCUACAAAGAAAAAAAUGUCUGCCAAGCCGUAGCCGAAGCCGAUCUCCAAAUAUAUUUGGCGAUAGUGAGACCCAGUGUCCAGAUGAUUUACCCAGCGUCGUCGCAACAAAUAAAAAAAACGAGGAUAAAGUAAAAGAAAAUUUACUGAAAGAAGAAACAAACUGUUCUAAAUGCUUAAUUUAUGGAGAAGAGGAUAAAAGAAAUGAGUAUUUCGGACUGUUAGUGGCUCAAGAAUUUAAAUAUAUACGGCCAUGUGUGCGAACGAGGUGUUAUGAAGAAAUUUUAAAGUAUCUACGGGAAGCAAAAGGCCAACAUGUUGAUCAACUGCAACAUGAAAACACUGAAAAUUAAUUACUUUCAUUUUAUUAUAUAUAGAUUUUUAAAAUUUCCUGAAAUAUUAUUAGUUAACGUUUUAUUUAAUAUUGUAGAAUUGAUCAAUACAAUUUAUAAAAAUAAUUUAUUGGUAUUACUUACAUAUUUUCAAAAAAAUAC